AAAAAGUGUUAAGGCGAAGAAAGGAAGAAAGAACGAAAGGAAAGAAACGCGGGAGAAAGAGAGAGAGAGAGAGGUGAGUCGGGUGGGCGAGUCAAGUGACCGAAUCAAAGAUCUAAAAAUCUAAAAUCCCCCGUCCAACCCAUCCAAACGUAAAAAAACACAGGGGUUGUGGUGUGGCAAUAGCAAAAAAAUGGUGAACGAGGAGAUAAUAAGUCCUCUUCCUCAUCUUAACCUCUAUCUUUCCUUUCUCAUUCUCAUCAUCAUUGUUACUACAACUCCUAUAUAUCCUUCUCUAACCCUAGAACUUCUUUAUUUAUUUUUUACCAUUCUCACCCCUUUCUUUUCUCCUUUCCUACGAAAAUCCGUAUAUUUUCUUACUUUCCCACCUAAUCUAUUUACUCUCCUCUUUUCUCUUCUGCUCUCUCUUCUUCUUCUUCUUUUUUCCUUUCUUCUCUUUCGAGGGUUGUUCUCUUUCUUCUGUACGGCCAUAUCGAGAAGUGAUUUGGGAUCUUUCCAGUAUAAAUCUCAUGUUUUGAUUUUCGUUCCUAUAGAAUUAGUGGUCUUUCUGGGGCAUACUUCUGGUGAAAUUAGGUGAAAACAGCUUUAUCUCCAUGGAAGAGUUUUCUGGCACUCGGUUUGAUGGUGUGAACAAUGCUGUGAGGAAGAAGAGGAGCCAAACUUCUCGUCGGCCUCGUCCUGAUUCACAGUCUCUUGCUGAAAGUCAAGAUCACUCGCCCUUGUCAUCAACACCACCUUCAGAUGAUGUGAGCAAGGUCUCUAGUGAUGAGAAUGCCAGUGCUGAUACUAAUUCAAAGCGGAAAGAAUUCAAUGUUAAUCAAUAUGUUUCUAAGAUUCCUCCUGCUGUUAGUAUGGAAGUUGAUAAAACCCAUAAAAGAAAGAAAGAAGAUGGAGGAUUUAAUGCGUCUUACAACAAUGAGCUUGGGCGAGGUGGGUCAAACAGUAAGCGUUCUAGUGAGGGUGUACUUGCCCCUGCUAAUUGGAAAAGCAAAAGCAAGGGGAAUGAGUGGUCGGAAUUAGAAUCAAGGAAUUUAAAUAUAUAUGGUGGAAGGAAUGGUGAGAUUCAUGGUUCAGUGCAAGGAGCUGUUAUUGAUGGUAAUGAAAGCAAGGUUAAAAAAGUUAAGUUCAAGGUUGGCGGCGUUACACGUACAACUCAUGCCAACUCUACAGCUAAUGGAUUGCCAGGGAGUGUGUCUUCUACGAGGAAGAACAACCUACAGGGAAGUACUGAUGAUGGGCACUCUUCUCCAGAUAAAAGGAGUGGUUUGCAAGGAGUCCCCUGGAAAGAUUUCUCCAAAGGUGGAUUUAGUUUUGGUAAGGAGGAUUCUUUGAUGGGAAAGAUUUCUGGAAAGAAUAUCUCUGGUAAACAAGGAGACGAGGCUGGUGCGGUUCGUAAAAGCAAACGGGUCCCUAAGAGGCGUGUACUGGAUGGGGAAUUCGGUGAAGAUGACGAGGAUGAUGAGAUACGCUACUUGGAGAAACUUAAAACUUCAAAGAUUAGCCCAGCAUAUAAGGAAGUAGAUGAUGAAUCAGGUAAGAAACAGAAAAAACUCUCUAGGGUUUCCAACCUAGACAAUCUGGGCACAUCAAGGUCUAGUAAAGAUGAGAAAAGGAAGCACAGGUCAGAUAGGGUAUCUGAGGAUACAGACUAUGAGGAAGAAGAUGAACUGGUGUCUGAUAGUGAGCUAGAAGGUAAGAAGAAAAAGAAGCAGAAGAAAGAAUCCAUCGAUGCAUUGAUGGAGAAUAAGAGGGAAAUGACUCUCACAACACGUCAACGGGCCCUUCAGUCGAUCAAAGAUGCCUCUUCUGCACCUGUCUCAAGCUUAAUUGAGUUUCCAAAUGGUUUACCACCUGCCCCAUCAAGAAAGCAAAAGGAGAAACUCUCAGAAGUGGAGCAGCAGCUGAAAAAGGCAGAGGCUGCUCAGAGACGAAGGAUGCAAGUUGAAAAGGCUAAUAGGGAAUCUGAGGCUGAGGCUAUUAGAAAAAUACUUGGCCAAGAUUCCAGUAGGAAGAAGCGAGAAGAGAAAAUGAAAAAGCGUCAGGAAGAAUUGGCGCAGGAAAAGGCUGUCAAUGCACAGAUGCUUGCAUCAAACACCAUCAGAUUGGUCAUGGGUCCUACAGGGACAACAGUCACAUUUCCCAGGGAUAUGGGGUUCCCUAGUAUAUUUGACGCCAAGCCCUCUAGUUACCCUCCUCCACGUGAAAACUGCGCGGGUCCAUCUUGUGCUAACCCAUACAAGUAUCGAGAUUCGAAGUCAAAGCUACCGCUUUGUAGUCUGCAGUGCUACAAGGCAAUUCAAGAGCAGCUGCUGGCUGAAACUAGCUGCUAAUGUUGCUGAAAUUCCUGCUCUAACCUCCGUGCAUAUGGUAAAUUCUGCUGUUAUACAGCAUGUACUAAGAGAUUAGUAUAAUGGCAUAAUUUUCAACUUAGCAUAUUGAGAAUUUGAGAUUGAACUGAGUAUGUAUUCAUUGCCCCUUAUACAGCUCAAUUAAAUGACAUACAGAAGUUUUGCCCCUUAAAUUAGCGAAAUCUUAUUACUAGUAAGUUGGAAGAGAGCAUGGCUCAUAUUGUUUUUCCUAUGUUAAUAGGGCAAACAUGUAUGUAUAUAUUCUGAGAUCCUGCAUUGGCAAUUGGCAUUCCCACUACAUAAGCUGGAAGAGAGAGGGAUAAUGGUUGAGGAUUUUCAACUUAUUUAAUCGCCACUGAUUGGAGUUGCUCGUGUAUGUGAGCGCUUGUGUCUCUGAAUAUUUUCAUGGCAAUUCUCUAAA